UGCUCUCCCUGCCAUGCCAACUUGCUUCCACCACCUCUCUCUCUCUCUCUCUCGUCUUAUAGGAUCGAUACGAAGUCAUCGUCGUCCAUGGCUCUCCGGCUCCAGCUGGUAACAGCAGUCUUCUUCUUCGUUGCGUUUGCUCUGGCAAGCCUUGACGUCUCCGUCUGCCACGUUGUGAAGGGAAAAGUGUCCUGCCUUGACUGCAAGCAAGGCCAUGACUUAUCAGGCAUCGAGGUCAUGGUGAAGUGUAAGGAAGUGAAGAAAGCAUCCACGGCCACCACAAAGGACGAUGGCUCCUUGGAGGUGGAGCUUCCCUUCGCGGAGGAGGCAGCCGCCGCCGGCACGACCACCGCUGCUCCGCUGGACUGCCUGGCGAAGGUUCUUGGAGGGCCCGACCAGCUAUACGCCUCGAGAGAUCAAAUGGUCGCCAAGGUCGUGAAGGUGAAGGGCCAUGAUGGAACCGCCGCCUCCGCCUCCGCCGCCGCCGCCUCCUACGCCCUCUCCGCCCCUCUGGCCGUGUCCACUGCCUGCCCUGCGAGCAUGGAGUGUGGGGCCCACGACACGGUGGGGUCGUCCAAGACCAUUGAUGUCCCCCUCCCUAAAGAGUGGGGCCUAGCACCAUCCAGCUACUAUGUCCCCUUCUUCCCCAUCAUUGGCAUUCCUUAAGUUAGGGCCAAUUCUACUAAACCACCUACAUAAUCUACAAUAGCCCUCAUAUAUAUCUUGUUAUGUGUCUCCAUAAAUAAGUUUUUGUGUAUGUACAAGUGUUUGUAUGACAGCAUCUAGACCCAUGUGAUGAAAUGUAGUAACUAUUAAGCUUU